CCAACGUUAUCUUCCAAAUAAUUAAUAGGUUAUGUUUAUGUUCAAACUUGAGGUUCUGAUAAAGGAUUUCAAUUGGUUUGCAAUCAAAACCGAAUGAACUUUCACCAGUGACGAAGCUAUUUUUGUUCACUAGUCAGUCUUGUUCUUGUUAAUCAUCCAAUUAUUUAUCAACAGAGUUGUUAUUUAUCAGUUGAAACUUGUUACACUGCACAUUCAUAACCCGUUUUGAAUUCUUGUAUAGUAGUUGAUAGUUUUGCCCAGCAUCAACAGCAGAAAUGACUUCUCUUACUAAAGGUGUGUUCAUAGUAGCGGCCAAGCGAACUCCGUUCGGCACGUAUGGCGGCAAGUUUGUGAAGACAAGUGCAGCCGAACUGCAGCUGGUUGCAGCCAAAGCUGCAUUGGAGGCAGCCAACUGCAAGCCCGAAAUGGUUGACUCGGUCGUUGUCGGAAAUGUGCUCUCGAACACAUCGGUGGACGGCAUCUUCCUGCCUCGUCACGUGUCACUGAGAGCCAACAUCCCCAUCGAGCGACCGGCGCUGGGAGUCAACCGGCUGUGCGGCUCUGGAUUCCAGGCAGUCGUUAAUGGAGCUCAGAACAUAAUCUGUGGCGACUCAGAGGUGGUCCUAACCGGGGGCGUGGACAACAUGAGCCAAGCGCCUCACACGGUGCGCGGUCUGCGAUUCGGUGGCCUGCCGCUCAGUGCCAAGUGCGAACUGGAGGACAGCCUGUGGCUGGGACUCACUGACACUUACUGUGGUCUCCCCAUGGCGCUGACUGCUGAGAAACUGGCUGCCCAGUACAAGAUCACACGAGACAGGGUGGAUCAGUUUGCGCUCCGGUCGCAGCAGAACUGGAAGAAAGCUCAUGACGCGGGAGUAUUCGCAGCGGAGCUGGCUCCAGUGACGGUCACCAUAAAGAAGAAGGAGCUGGUCGUAGACUGCGACGAGCACCCCAAGCCUCAGACCACCCUUGAGGGACUCGGCAAGCUGCCUCUUGUAUUCAAAAAGGACGGCGUAGUGACGGCCGGCUCAGCGUCGGGCAUCUGUGACGGAGCGGGCGCCGUGCUGCUGGCGAGCGAGGCGGCACUAGCCAAGCACCAGCUGACGCCCCUGGCACGCCUUGUGGGCUACAGUGUGGUGGGCGUCGAACCCAGCAUCAUGGGCAUUGGGCCUGCGCCCGCCAUCGCCAGUCUCGUCAAGGCUGCCGGCAAGACGCUCAACGAUGUCGAUAUUGUCGAGAUCAACGAGGCAUUUGGUGCUCAGACCCUGGCCUGCCAGCAAGAACUGAAGUUGGACACUGAGAAGCUGAACAUGAACGGAGGAGCCAUUGCCCUCGGUCACCCGCUCGGCGCUUCUGGCGCACGAAUCACUGCGCACAUUGUGCACGAGCUCAGGAGAAAGAAUCUGAAACUGGGCGUUGGCUCAGCGUGUAUUGGAGGCGGACAGGGUAUCGCUCUGCUCAUCGAGAAAGUGUAAACUCAGCAAAAAUAGGUUAUUCCAAUAUAUCUUUGUAAUACCAUAAUAAUUGAAAAGAACUGAUCUACUUGUAAGUAAGGUGUAAUAUUUUUGUCACUAGAUAUGCUCAAUGUAUGCACAACUUUUACUGUGGCUAUUGAAUGGUGGAGAAAGGUGGCAGACAUUAGAAUUGGAGUCGGAUAGGAUCAAAUCAAAAUGCUGGAAUGAAUACGGUCUUUACUCUAAAGCUAGAAUGUUCUAGAAUAUACUUUAGAAUGCUCUAGAAUAUAUCCCAAAGUGCUUUCGAAUAGCUGUCUAGAACAAUUGUAGCUUCACGAGUCUAUUGUCCGAUUCACCUUGCAAUCAGUAUUGGUCAAAUGGGAGGAAUUGGUGUUAUUUAUAAGGGAUACUGACAUUCGAAAGUGAAUCCCAAGUGACUCAAGUAUGAGUCAACUAUCCUUCAGUAAGUCUACAGCUAUGGUCUGUUGCUAUAUUAUACUAUCAUAGUGAAAUGUUCUCAAGUGAUAAACCAUAACCACCGGAUUUCAAUUUUACUUGAAAGGUUUCAUCUGUUGAUAACCAAUGCAAUAGGGUUUAAAAUUUAUUUACCGUUUUAUUAAAAAAAUUUAUUAUCGGCUGAAGAUGUUAAGGUCGCCUACUAGCUAGCCUGCAUUAAUUUUAAAUGUAUUUUUAAUUUAUUGGAGGAUGACUACCGUAUCUCAAUGUUUAUAGGGUUUCAAUUCAGUAUUUAAUACAUGAUUAUAUUUCCUUGUUGUUGAGCAGCCUAUAUUAUAAAAAUACUGUGCCUUAGUAAUCAGUCGAUUGCCUAAAUGUGUUGAAUGAUUAUGUACUGAAUAUUUUAUUAAAAGGUAUAUUUUUAUAAAAUUA